CCAGCGUCCCGUCUUCAACCCUCCGAACUACAUCAGUCAAUGUGGUAACUACAUCCAGGCUGGAGACGAACAGGCCAUCUCUCUCCCACCUGGAUCCAGACACGUGUUGCUGGACAGGCCGGUGUGUUUCGAGAGAGGCCUGAACUACACGAUCCGUCUCAGUCUGCCGCUGUACUCGUCAGUCAGCGACGUCCAGAGCCCGUACACACUCAUCGACUCAUUGGUGCUGAUUCCUCGGGUUAGGGAGCUGAACAUGUUCCUGGGCAUCGAUGGCUCGGGAGCGUGGGAUACGUUCCAGCGCUACAGAUGUCUGGAGAGCAGCCAGAGCGUCGUCAAGAGCCCCAUGACCGACAUCUGUAGCGACUACAUCUUCAGCGUCUCUGCUCUGCUGCACAACGGAGCCAUGGCAUGCCAGUGUGACCCUCAGGGUUCACUCAGUGCCGUGUGCGAGUCCAGCGGAGGUCAGUGUCGGUGCCGACCCAAUGUCGUCGGCAGGAACUGUGACCACUGUGCCCCGGCCACGUUCCUGUUCGGCCCCGCCGGCUGCAGACCUUGCGACUGUGACCCUCGGGGCUCGAUCAGCGCCUUCUGCCACGAGUCCACCGGCCAGUGCGAGUGCUUCCCCGGGGCCACGGGUCGCCAGUGUUCCCACUGCCUGCCGGGAUUCUGGGGCUUCCCCCAGUGCCGACCCUGCCACUGCAACGGCCACAGCGAGCACUGCCACCCGCAGACCGGAGAGUGCCAGGGCUGCAGGGAAUUCACCACCGGACAGCACUGCGAGAGGUGCCUGGACGGUUACCACGGGGACCCAGAGCUGGGCUCAGGGGGCCACUGUCGCCCCUGCAUGUGUCCCGAUGGCCCCCGCAGCGGACGCCAGUUUGCAGACAGCUGUUACCUCCUGUCCUACACCAACCAGCUGGUGUGUGUGUGCAGCCCGGGCUACAAAG